AUGGCUCUCCGUUCGUUGGCGAGUCUAGCAACACCGAUGCUGAGCCUGAAGUCGUUCGAUACCCUCUCUUCGACGACGUCUUCAUAUUCACAAGUCCGUCCAUCGCCAGACGAGGCCGUCUUGGGCUAUCCGGCCGUGGCCGCGGUAGCUGUCCGCCGUUUAGAGGUGCUGCAGCUGCUGGUCGUGGAGCAGCGGGAGCUGCUGUGCGCGGUGGUCGUGCUGGUCGCGGCCGAGCAGGAGCUGCAGUGCGUGGUGGUCGCGGCCGAGCGGGAACUGCUGUGCGCGGUGGUCGCGGCCGAGCAGGGGCCGGUGCUGGCCGUGGAGCAGCCGGUGGUGGUAAUGUCGAUGGCCAGGAGCAGGAGGCAGAUAGAGAUGGAGCAGCCCAUGGUGGUAAUGUCGAUGGCCAGGAGCAGGAGGCAGAUGGAGAUGGAGCAGCCCGUGGUGGUAAUGGUGAUGGCCAGGAUCAAGACGCAGAUGGAGAAGAAGCUGCCGAUCACCAUGCAGUUCUGCCAUUAGGAAAAAUGGUGAAUGUACGUAGGGUUUACAGUGACGAGGACAAAAGAAUAAUUCUCGCAGUCCUCUUGCGUAAAACAAAGCCAACAGUGUUGAGUAACGGUGUAACCAAGGAAGUUGCGGCACAGUUUAUGGUACCAUUGCGAGUUGUGCAACGUGUAUGGUUUGAUCAUCUUCAAGGUAUUGAGAAUGUUUGCAACAAGAAGCCUCUGAAUUGUUGGUGUAAAAGAGUUGAAGUUGACCCCCAAGCCAUCAUGCAAAUUCCUCCAUCCAAGAGGACAACUUUGAAGGACCUUGCUAAUGAGCUGGGCAUAUCAAAGUCCACCUUGCAUAGGAGGUUCAAGGAGAAGGAGUUUAGGAGGCAUUCAAAUGCCAUCAAACCUCGUAUCACGGAUGAUAACAAGAAAGCAAGGGUCCGCUAUGCACUCUCUAUGCUAGACCCGGACAGCGAAGAUCCUAAGUUUCAGGGCAUGUAUAACAUCGUACAUAUGGAUGAGAAGUGGUUUUAUAAAACCAAGGGUUCUCAAAAUUAUUAUUUGGCCAAUGAAGAGGAGGAACCUUACAGAUCAUGUCAAAGUAAGCACUACAUUGACAAGGUCAUGUUUCUUUGCGUCGUGGGUAGACCAAGAUAUGAUGAUGAUGGUAAUUGUACUUUUGAUGGUAAAAUUGGUAUGUUCCCAUUUGUGACCGAGAAGCCGGCGGAACGUCGAAGUGGCAACCGCCCGAGGGGAACAAUGGAAACUAAGCCAUUGAAUGUUAAACGUCAAGUGAGUCGGGAGUUCCUUAUUGAAAAAGUGUUGCCCGCUAUCAAGGAGAAAUGGCCGUUGGAGGAUCGUUGGAGCCCAAUAUUCAUUCAACAAGACAAUGCAAAAACGCAUGUGUUGCCAAAUGAUCCUGAAUUUUUAGAGGCGGCUGCUAGGGGUGGAUGGGACAUUAGGCUUGUUUGUCAACCUCCGAAUUCACCGGACACAAAUAUUCUUGACUUGGGUUUAUUCGCCGCCCUCCAAUCUUUGUUUCAAAAAAAAUCUCCAACAUCUAUUCUAGACAUUCUCUUGAAGGUUGAACAAGCUUGGAACGAGUACCCGGCUGAGAGGAGUAACCGUGUCUUCUUGACACAUCAAACGUGCAUGGUGGAGGUCAUGAAGCUAAUGGGGGAGCACCGGUACAAGAUCCCUCACAUAAGGAAGGGGGUUCUCCAAAGUUUAGGGAUACUACCUGAAGUGCUAAAUGUUGAUCCCGCAAUUGUAAACGUGGCUAGAGAGUAUGUAAAUGCGGAGUAGAGAGUUUGUUGUAAUGGUCAAGAACAUGACAAGUUUGUUGUAAUGGUCAAGAACAUGCGAAGUUUGUUGUAAUGGUCAAGAGAGUAUGGUGCUGAAAA